CCUAACCCCACCUCUCAGUCAUCGUCUUCUUUUGAAAGCACACCAUGUUUUUGUUAUUGUUACCUUAUUCACUCACCAACCACCAAACCAUAACCUCACAUCGUCUUCCGUUUCUCUCAUCUCAUUCCUGAAUUCUCCAAUGGCUUCCACGCCCACCCAUUUCUCUCUUUCUCUCUCCACCAAACAAGUAAACCGAAAACCCAAUUACCCCUCUUCUCUUCAAAAACCUAAAUUGUUGCAUACCCACUCUUUAUUUUCCUCUCCUAAGAACCAUUUUCACUUGAACUCGAAGCGGGCUUCUGUUUCUAGCGCGUGUUCAGCACGGAGAUCAACCAUACGCGCUACUUCGUCUCAAGUUAUGGAUCCCUUUGCAGCAAAAAUCGAAACUGGGCUUCCCGCCAUUGUCGAUGUCGAUUUGGGCAAUCGUAGCUAUCCCAUUUAUAUCGGAUCCGGGUUGCUUCAUAAACCCGAGUUUCUUCAGAGGCAUGUCCAUGGAAAGAGAGUCCUUGUUGUCACUAAUAAAACGGUUGCACCACUGUAUCUAGACAUAGUUGUUGAUGCUUUGACAAGGGGAAACCCAAAUGUUUCUGUCGAGAGUGUAAUUUUACCAGACGGUGAGCAGUACAAGGACAUGGAUACUCUAAAGAAAAUCUUUGACAAGGCCAUCAAGUCACGAUUGGACCGGCGGUGUACAUUUGUUGCUCUUGGAGGUGGUGUGAUCGGCGACAUGUGUGGCUUGGCUGCUGCUAUCUUCCUACGUGGUGUUAAUUUUAUUCAGAUUCCUACCACUGUUAUGGCACAGGUUGAUUCUUCAGUUGGUGGCAAAACUGGGAUAAACCACGACCUUGGAAAGAACUUAAUUGGUGCUUUUUACCAACCCCAGUGUGUGCUUAUAGACACAGACACAUUGAAUACAUUGCCAGACAGGGAACUGGCAUCAGGGCUUGCAGAGGUUAUAAAGUAUGGGCUCAUCAGGGAUGCAGAAUUUUUUGAGUGGCAAGAGAAAAAUAUGCAGACAUUAGUGGCAAGAGAUCCAAGUGCACUGGCAUAUGCUAUAAAGCGAUCUUGUGAAAACAAGGCUGAGGUUGUGUCCUUGGAUGAGAAGGAAAGUGGACUGAGGGCAACAUUGAACUUGGGUCAUACAUUUGGUCAUGCAAUAGAAACUGGGGUUGGCUAUGGGCAGUGGCUUCAUGGAGAGGCUGUUGCAGCUGGCAUGGUAAUGGCUGUUGAUAUGUCAUAUCGCCUUGGUUGGAUUGAUGAUUCAAUUGUGAAGCGAGUUGGAGACAUUUUAAAGCUGGCUAAGUUACCUGUUGCGCCUGCUGAAACCAUGACUGUGGACAUGUUUAAAUCUGUUAUGGCGGUUGAUAAGAAGGUCGCUGAUGGGUUGCUAAGGCUUAUCCUUCUAAAGGGCCCUCUAGGCAAUUGCGUUUUCACAGGGGAUUAUGACAGAAAGGCCCUAGACGAUACGCUUCGUGCAUUCUGUAAAUCCUGAUCUUUGGGCUCGGUGUUUCUAUUGCAGCUUUAUCCAAAUCUUUUUACUUUUUAGUUUUGGUUUACUCGAUCAUUGUUCUUGCUUGGUGUUGGCCGGACUUACUAUUGUGGCUGGACUUAAUUGUUCUGGUGUCGGAUUUUUUAGUAUUUGUCAAAUGAAUUGCACGAUACUAUUAGUUAAUGAGAUGAAUUAGGAAUAUAAAGCUUUUAUUCCACUAUAUUAAAUGAUG